AGAAGAAAAGUCAAACAAGUAAAAAAAAGCAGAUUUGAUUGGGAAGCAGAUUAGCCGGUGCUACUAAUUUUUGGCCCGAAAAAGUGAAAAGUUAAGGAUAAAUCUGUAAAUGUAGCUGCCAUAAAAUAGUUCCUUGUGCAUUGAAUCAUGAGAGCAACAUUUCUAGCUGUGGCCGCAUUGGCCUGCAUCAUUGGACAUGUACCAACAGAGGGAAAAACUAACUCCAAAAGCGCCGUGGUAGAUGGCAUUUCCGAUAUGAAAGACUUCAAAAAGCUGCUCCGCACGAAGAACAAUGUACUGGUGUUGUUUGUCUCGAGUAUGAAAGAGGCCCACAGUACCUUGAAUGCGUUUCGAGAUGCGGCAGAGAUAAUAAAGGGUCAGGGAACGAUGGUUUUGUUCGACUGCAGCAACAGUGAAGUGAAAAAGAUUUGCAAAAAACUGAAAGCUCAACCUGCACCUCACGCGCUAAAGCAUUACAAGGAUGGUGAUUUCCACAAGGACUACGAUCGACAGUUGUCCGCUACCAGCAUGUCCAAUUUCAUGCGAGAACCUACCGGCGAUUUACCAUGGGAGGAAGAUCCCAUUGGAGUGGAUGUUGUUCAUGUUCCGGACUCGGUUGCUCUUGGAAAAUUUUUGAAAAAGGAAGUGCGACCGGUCCUUGUAAUGUUCUACGCUCCAUGGUGUGGUUUUUGCAAAACGUUGAAGCCGGAAUUUUCUGCAGCUGCAACGGAACUUAAGCCAAAAUAUAUUCUGGCUGCCAUCGACGUAAAUCGACCAGAAAAUUCAAUUAUUAGAAAGCAAUACAACAUUACUGGUUUUCCAACUUUGCUUUACUAUGAAAAUGGUCGAAUGAAGCAUACUUUUGACGGGGAAAACAACCGAGCCGGAAUAGUAGCCUUCAUGAAAAACCCAGCGGCUCCUCCUCCAGAUAAACCUCAAGAGGUUGACUGGGCGUCUGAACCAAACUCGGAAAUCGUACAUCUGACAAGUGCCAAUUUUGAACCCGCCCUAAAAGAUGAAAAAUCAGCACUGGUUAUGUUUUACGCUCCCUGGUGCGGCCACUGCAAACGAAUGAAACCGGAAUAUGAAAAGGCGGCUACAUUGAUGAAAGAAAAGAAAAUUGCCGGUGUUUUGGCAGCUAUAGAUUCUACUAAAGAACAAAGUAUUUCGCAAAAGUUCUCUGUGCAAGGUUUCCCUACAGUUAAGUACUUUGUAAACGGGGAGUUCAAAUUCGAUGUCAACAUGCGGGAAGCUGACAAAAUAAUAGAAUUCAUGAAGAAUCCAGCGGAACCCCCACCACCACCAGCUCCAGAAGCACCCUGGGAAGAUGAAGAAAACGAAGUGGUCCAUCUGAACGACGAAUCGUUCAAGCCAUUCCUCAAGAAGAAAAAGCAUGUGCUGCUAAUGUUCUAUGCACCAUGGUGUGGGCAUUGUAAACGGGCCAAACCAGAAUUCGCCGGAGCGGCUGAGCAUUUUAAAGAUGAUCCCAAGGUUGCCUUAGCCGCAGUUGAUUGCACUCGUUAUUCCGGCGUCUGUUCAGCUUACGAAGUUCGUGGAUACCCCACGAUGAAAUACUUCAGCUAUCUCAAGACCGUACAAGAAUACAAUGGAGGUAGGACCGAGGUGGAUUUUAUAAAAUUCUUAACCGAUCCAACGGCAGCUGCUCCGGAAAAGAAAGCUCCUGAACCAUUUGGAGAUUUUCCGGGUGCCGAUAAAAUAAUCACUAUCACCGAUAGCAACGUAGAUGACGUUUUGCAAAACGAGGAUCGCGUUCUAGUAAUGUUUUAUGCCCCCUGGUGUGGUCAUUGUAAACGAAUGAAGCCAGAUUUCGCUGAAACCGCCAGUUUACUCAUAAAGAACGGCAUACCAGGAAAGGUGGCCGCCGUUGAUUGUACCGAAUACACCAAAACUUCCGAGCGAUUUGAGAUUCAAGGGUAUCCAACGUUAAAGUACUUUGUUCGGGGGAAAUUCUAUAAAAAUUACGACGGCAAACGUACAGCAGCAGCUAUGUAUGAAUUCAUCAAGUCAAAUGGAGCGAACGCUAAAGAUGAGCUAUAAAAAUCCUAACAGACUGGUACAUAGUAAGACUACAUUGUGAUUUCUUCAAAUCUCGCACAAUUGAAAAUGAAGGAAGUGGUACAUCCUUUGCAAGGAACAAGUGAUCCAACUAUAAUCUGCCUCAGUUUACUAUCCUUUAACAUUUUUUACCAUAACUAUUUUCUUACUAAACACUGAACAUUUCCAAAGUUUUCUUCCGUCUCGAAUAUUUUGUGGUAGGUAUUUAUUUUUCUACAAACGAACUAUUUCUUCCAACUUUUAACUUAGUGGGAAGGUAAACAAGACUUACAAAUGAUUACGUAGCACAAUGAGUUUGAGUGAUAUGAAUGUGCUCAGUCCAUGAAUAUGAGGCAAGUGAUCGAGCGAAUGAUCUGAAAUAUAAGUGUUUUAUUUGUGAA